CCGAGAACUUGCUUGGUUAUACUCAUUAUCCUAUACUAUUAUCUCUCCCGUGCUCCCAGCUGUAGAAGACAAGAUUCAGCAAGACUCUCACAUUCACAUGUGACUCUCGGACUUUACACACCAAACAGACGCAAUCCCAACCUCCGCGCACAAGAGUAUCUGAUUCCGGCUUGUCCUUCACCCCCCGCCCCCACCCCCCCCAACCCCCAAACCCCACAAAACGGAGAGAACAAAAGACGAACGGAACUCAAGGAGACCGGGAAAAUAAAACCAGAAAACCAGAAAAAUAGGAUGGACGCAGCAUCCCAAGGCGAUACCGCCUGCAGUCAAUCCGACUACCCCCGCGCCCUCGUUCACUACACUACCGCCCUCCUCGCUUCGCCUCGUGCUCCAGCCUACUACAUCAAACGCUCUACCGCUUUCUCGCGCUUGAAACCUGCCGACUCGCUGGCCGCGCUACGUGAUGCUGAAAUCGCAGUGAUCCUGGCUCGGGAGCGCGGCAAGCGGGAGCUGAUACUUGCGGCGCAGAUGAGGCGCGGGGUGGCUCUUUUUCAGCUCGGACGGUUCGGGGAUGCAGACUUUGUCUUUAGGCUGAUUGAAGAGAAGCUGAACGGUCAAUAUAAGGGAAGCGCUUCUAUGGGGGCGAAGCCGACGGAAAUGGAGGAGAAGGUAAUGAGCGCCAUGGCGGUGGGUAAUAAGUCGGGUGGUGCGAAGCAUGGCUUCGAGCAGGAAUUACCGAUCUGGUUGCUCAAGGUGAGGGGUCGAUUGGAGAAGCUGGCUCGGGAGGGUUCGGUGGAUGAAACAGUUGUCGGGGUGAAUGUGGGAGAGGUGCCGGAGGGAGUGCUUGUACCCGGCGAAGGGGAUCUGAGACGGCAGUUGGAGAGGUUGAAAGGAGGGAAGGGCGUGGAGCAGCAAGGUGUCGCUGCUGGCAAUGAUAGAAAGAGUGCCGGCUCGGAGGAGACGGCCGCAAAAAAGACGCUCGCUGCUGCUCAUUCUUCGCCUGCUGCUGCGGUUACGACCACUGCACCCGGAAAGGUCCGCCAUGAGUGGUAUCAAUCGCAGGAUCAGGUGGUAGUCACCCUCUAUAUCAAAGGCAUCCCCAAGGAUCAACUUGACGUGGACCUGAAAAGCGAAUCGGCCUCUUUGCAGUUCCCUCUUCCCUCCGGUGCUCACUAUGACUUUACUCUCGACCCUCUCUUCGCUCCUAUUGAACCUUUUAACUCCAAGGCGACCGUAAUGUCCACGAAGAUUGAACUUACCCUCCGCAAACGAAUUCCCGGCCAGAAAUGGAGUGCUCUCGAGUCCACCUCAUGUACUGUCAAGCUUGCUGAUCGUCAUGCUGCGACAGCUGCCCCCACCCCCUCAAAACUCGGCGCCAAUACUACAAUUGCACCUGGCCCUGUAUACCCAACUUCCUCCCGCCACGGUGCCAAAGACUGGGAUAAGCUCGCCUCCACCUUGACCGCCAAGACUUCCCAAAAGUCCGAUGCUAAGAACAAAUUGGCGGAGGAUGAUGGCGACGACGAAGGGAAUGAUUCCGAUGGCGCCGACGCUGUGGACUCGUUUUUCAAGAAAUUGUACGCUAAUGCUGACCCCGAUACCCGGCGCGCUAUGAUGAAGAGUUACGUCGAGAGUCAAGGAACAUCGCUGAGUACAAAUUGGGAGGAAGUUCGUCGGGGACCAGUGAAUGUGAGGCCGCCUAGCGAGUAGUUGGAGGGGGCGAUGAUCUCUUGACUAGUCCCCCCUCGAUUGAUCCUCCUCAGAGCCAUUUAAGGGAAUCUAGAAAUUAAUUUGAUGUCAAACAAUGUUAU